ACCCGCGUCAGGUGAGCUGAGCACUGAAGAAGAACGCUCCGGGAGAGAAAAGGAGAAAGGGAAAUGGGGAAGAAGAAAAGGAGAGCUGAAGUUGAAACUGAACCUGAACUACCUGAAGCAGCUACUGUAUCAGCUGACAAGGCCGAUGGUGAUCAGGGUUUCAUCAAUGGAGAUUCCAACAAAAAGAAGAAGAAGAAGACGAGGAAUGUAGAAAAUGAAGGAGGCGAUGAGAAAGAGACGGAACGAGAGGACGGAGCCAAGGAGCUGCAUACCGUUAGCGUAGCCGUAUCCGGUUCCAUUAUCGAUAACGCUCAAUCGCUUGAACUCGCCACUCGCCUGGCUGGUCAGAUUGCUCGUGCCGCCACCAUCUUUCGGAUUGACGAGGUGGUGGUAUUCGAUAAUAAGGCCACUUCUUCGAACGAGGAUCCCACUACAACAAUGAACAGCGUUUCAGAUGAGAAUGAAAGUGGGGCGGUUUUUCUAGUCAGGAUCUUGAGGUAUCUUGAAACUCCGCAGUAUCUGCGGAAGGCUCUGUUUCCUAAACAUAAUAGCUUACGAUUUGUGGGAAUGUUGCCUCCGCUAGAUGCCCCACACCACCUUCGCAAGCAUGAGUGGGGGCCAUUCCGGGAAGGGAUUACGUUGCUUGAGAAAUGUCCAGACCCUGCUGGGACACUGGUUGAUGUAGGUCUGACCAAGAAUGUUGUGAUUGAUCAACGAAUUGAAGCAGGGACAAGGGUAACGGUAGCUAUGGGAACUGAUCGGAAUUUGGAUUCAGGCAUUCCACGACCAAUUGUUCCAUUGUCCAAGCCCAGGGAGGAAUCAGGAAUGUACUGGGGUUACCGAGUGCGAUAUGCUUCAAAUAUCAGUUCUGUGUUCAAGCAUUGUCCAUUCAAGGGUGGAUACGACCACUCUAUUGGUACAUCUGAGCAUGGUCUAAAAUUAAGUUCAUCAGAGCUUUCUCUGCCUCCUUUCAAGCAUUUGUUGAUUGCUUUUGGUGGACUUGCUGGGUUGGAAGAAGGUGUUGAAGAAGACAGCAGCUUAAAGCUUAUUCAUGCUGUUUUUCCCCCCCGCAUCUCUCUCAAGGGCACAAAUGUCCGAAAGGUGUUUGACUCAUACCUGAACACAUGUCCAGAUCAAGGGAGUCGGACAAUUCGAACAGAGGAAGCAAUCCUCAUAUCCCUCCAAUAUUUCCAAGAACCUAUAAACCGCUCUCUGCAGAGAUUUCAUCACUGAGUUCAACAACUUUGGACAUAAGCAACUCUCAACUCUUGCGCGAAGGAUGACGAGGAUCUUGCAAUCUUUCAACGAGCUAGUAGGUUCAGAUUUUGUAACUUCAUCUUUCUCUCUCCUUUUAUGUUUCUGUCUAUCUGGGACGCCCAGGUUAGGUAAAAUUUUUGUUUACCUUCUGGAAUCGUUACAUUGAAAUGUGAAUUCAUCAAAGCAAAUCGCUAGAUGGUGGUGUAGACUAUUACUAAGAGUCGAGAUGAUUAUCUUUGGCUUCCAUAUUUGAAUGUUGAGGUUUUGAUCUCUUGUUUCUUAGAGCAUGGUAAGCUGGUAAAAGAGCCAUAACCGAAUUCAUUGCUUUUCAAAA